UGUGGGGAUCACUACUUCAGUAUUCAGUCACAACCACGCCACUCGUUGUUCAACGACGACGAGAGUAACACAUAUUUUUAUUAUUAUUUAAAUUAUUAAAAAACAUUUAUAUAAAUUUCUCUUAAAUUAUUGUGAUAUUUGUGUCAAUUUAAUACAACUGAUAACAAAAUCGUACGAUUAUUUCGUUCACCAUGGGUGGCUUUGCAUGGGUUACAUUGGCCACAAAUGAUUCUUAUUCAUUGGGAGCAUUGGUAUUGGCUCAUUCAUUAAAAAAAGUUUCAACAAAAUAUGAUUUAGCUGUACUAAUAACACCAGGAGUAACUGAAGUAAUGAGAGAAAAACUAUCAGCUGUAUUUACACUUGUUAAAGAAGUUAAUGUCCUGGAUUCAAAAGACGAAGCAAAUCUUGCACUUCUAGCAAGACCAGAACUUGGAAUAACAUUUACAAAAUUACACUGUUGGAGAUUAACACAAUAUGAUAAAUGUGUUUUCAUUGAUGCUGAUGCAUUGGUCAUUAAAAAUAGUGAUGAAUUAUUUGAACGUGAUGAAUUAUCAGCAGCACCAGAUGUCGGUUGGCCAGAUUGUUUUAAUUCUGGUGUAUUUGUAUUUAAACCAUCACAAAUUACAUUUUCAUCAUUAACAUCACAUGCUAAAUUACAUGGUUCAUUUGAUGGUGGUGAUCAAGGUCUUUUAAAUUCAUUUUUUAGUGAUUGGGCACAUAAAGAUAUAUCAAAACAUUUACCAUUUAUUUAUAACAUGUGUUCAACUGCAACUUAUUCAUAUCUUCCUGCAUUCAAACAAUUUGGUGAAGAUGUUAAAAUUAUUCAUUUCAUUGGAAGCACUAAACCUUGGCUUCAAUAUUUCGAUACAUUGACUGGUCAAGUACAGCCACAUCCAGACACUGGAUAUCUUCAGCCAAUGCUUCAACAUUGGUGGAAUAUAUUCUGUGAAAAUGUACAUCCACAAUUAUCACCAGUAAUGCUAAGCACUGAACAAAGGGCUACGCGAUAUUGCGAGGCCAGCAGUACAUUGGCAACAGCACACUGGCACGAUUUACAAUUUCCUGUAUCCUCAAAACCCACAUUGACAAGACAUGUAUGUCAUGACACAACAACAACAGAAAAAAAAACCCAUGAUGAAAUAGAUGCAGUACCAGAUUUUACAAAUUUUAGAGAUCCAUGGGAAUAUUAUAUUGUAUCAACACCAGAAAAUCCUGUUGCACAUAGUUCCCAACAAAUUCCUCAACAAACACAUACAAUACAACAACAACAAAUUUCUCAAGAUGAUGUUUAUCAAAUUAGUCAAUCAAUGAAUAACAUAACAAUUCAACAUGAUCAAAUAAAUACUAAUAAUAAUGAAAAUAUACAAAAUCAAACAACACAUGAUUAUCCACAUUAUCAAUAUUAUAAUAAUCAAUUACAAAAUAUUAAACAUGACGUUAGUGUAGAUAGUAGCUCAUCAUAUCAACAACAACAACAUGAACAAUCUAAACCAUCAACAAGUAGACAAGUUCAAAGUCAUGUUGAAUAUACAAGACAUAAUUUAACAGAACAAAAUCAAGCUAAUGAUGGUGUUGAUGAAACAGAUAAAAUUAGUAAAAUAUUAGAUAAUGAUUAUGAUGAAAUUGAUAGAAUUUUAAAUAGUAAAUUUAUUAAUGACAAUAAACAAACUGACAAUAAUCAAAAUAAUAAAAUAAUAAAUACAAUAUCCCAAUUCCAAAAUUGUACAGAGUCUAAUAUUGUUGGAUCAAAAUCUGACAUGAAAAUUAUCAGCAAUGAUGAAAAUAAUGCUGGAAUUGCUGGUGCAUUGGCGAAGAUAACACUUGGUGAAACAAGAAGUUCUGAGCAAGUUGCACUUGAAGAACAUAUGAGAAAAUAUGGGUGGGAACAAGGACAAAUUGAUUACAUGGGACGUGAUAGUUUUGAUAAUAUUUGGAAAAAAAUUAACACGACUCUUGAGACAUCAUCAUCAUCAUCAAAGAGUGACAAAGUUUCAGUCAAGACAAAAUCUGGAGAGACAGAAGAAAAAGUUUCGACAAAAAAAGCUGAUCUAUCAACAGAAAAAUCAAGUAAAAAUAUUCCUGAUGAAACAAAAACAACUGACGCAGCAGCUGUAUCAUCAGAUGAAACUUUAGAAAAAACAAUAAAUGAGGCCAAAGAAAUUUUAUCAACAAACAUUGAAUCAUCACCGGGAUCAUCAUCAGAGGUAAUAUUAUCCGUCAAAGCAGCACCACCAAUUUUAUCAAUAAAAGAACGAGGUGAAAAUGAUAAUAAAAUGAGUCGAAAACAACAAUUAAAAAUUUCAAGAAGCCAAGAAGAAUCAAAUAUAUCUGACACUGUUAUUCCACUUGGUUUCACAUCAUCAACAGAGCCAGUAUCAAUAGACACUAAAUUAGAUAUUGAAAAACAAGAUUUACCAAUACCCGAGACAAGUGCUGUUGGGGAUUUAUCAUUAGAAUCAACAAAAGACACCGAAAAACUUGAUACAAUUAAAUUAGAAUUAGAUGAAACAAAAAAUACUGAUUUUGUUGAUGAAAAAACAACAACAAUAAUGCCUGAAGAUGUUAAUGUAAUAGAAAAUAUAGAAUCUAAAAUUUUAUCCGAUGAAGCACAAGGUCAGACAACAACUGAUAUUAAAAUACCAGCAACACCAACAAUUAUUGAAGCAACACCACCAACAAGUCCACAAUUUGAAACAACUGAAGAAAAAGAAGAAAUAAAAGCACCACAAAAAAUUGCAAGAAAAAUUAUAAAAAAAGAAAAAUUAACUCAAGAUGAUGAUGCUAUUGAGGGUACAAGUGAUAAUAAAACAAGUAAAUUAGUUGAUGUUGGUAAAAGUACAACAGAUGAAAAUUUAGAAACUGAUGAAUCUGUUCCUGAAACACCACCACCACCAACAUCAGUCAAUCCACCAACACCACCAAAAAGAAAAUCUAAAAUAUCAACAGCUAAAAAUACCACCAAGAAAAAUAAUUCUGAACAAUAAUUCUUUUUUUUUUUUUCAUCAACAAGUAAUAAAAAUUUAAUACUCAAAUAAUUUUUAAUGAAAUCAUUUUUAUAAUUUUCAUAUUAUCAUUAUUUAUAAUUUUCUUGGUGGUUUUUUUUUUUUUUUUUUUCUAGUCUGUUUUAUUGUUCAUAUUUAAAAAAGAAAAAAAAUUAAUAUAAAGCAUCUUUAAUAAUUUAAAUGUCAGACUGACUUUAACUGAAAAACAGUUUUUUUUUUUUUUUUUUACUAAAAAAAUAUUUUUAAUUUAAAUAAUUUGGUGUGAAAUAUUGUUUAAUAGUGUUAGUUUUUUUUUCUAUUAAUCAGAUAAAUAUGUAGGUUGAUUUAGAGGAUAUAUUAAUGUAAAAUAAUAUUAAUUUUAUCAAUGAAAUAAUACGUGCCUAG